AUGAUCGAUUUGGGUGAUAGCCGAAUUUGUGAUAUAAGCGAUGAAGUUCGUGCAAAAUUGAAGGAAUUUCGCUUUCGUAAAAGCAAAUUGAACUCGGCUUUAAUAUUAAAAGUUGAUCGCGAGAAACAACUUGUGGUUAUCGACGAUGCCAUCGAUGACAUUUCCGUCGAAGAUUUGCAGGAGCAAUUGCCGGGACACCAGCCUCGCUAUGUUAUCUACACUUAUAAAAUGGUCCACGAUGAUUCUCGGAUAUCAUAUCCGAUGUGUUUUAUUUUCUAUACACCGCGGGAUAGUCAAAUCGAACUGCAAAUGAUGUAUGCCUGUACCAAGAGUGCAUUGCAGCGUGAAAUCGAUUUGACGCGAGUCUAUGAGAUACGUGAGCUGGAUGAAUUGACUGAAGAUUGGCUAAAGGAGAAAUUGAGUAAAUAAGGAAAAA